AUGGCUUUACAAGUUAAAAUGAAGACACCAUCAAAAGCAGCAUCAACACUUAUAUGGCUAAUCUCGUGGAGCCUUAUCAUGAUCUAUCAUGUCAGUUUUGCUGAAAGAAUUUUGGAAGAUAAAAAGUCAGAUAAUUUUGUUAUGCAAAAGAGACAUUUCUCUUGGUAUACUGGAAAGUCUUCCUAUGAACGUGUUUGGCCUGAAAUGAAAUUUGGUUGGAGAAUUGUUGUAGGGUCUAUUGUUGGAUUUUUUGGAGCAGCAUUGGGUAGUGUUGGAGGGGUAGGAGGUGGAGGAAUUUUUGUACCUAUGCUUACUUUGAUCAUUGGUUUUGAUCCUAAGUCUUCUACAGCUAUCUCUAAGUGUAUGAUUACAGGAGCGGCGGGAUCAACUGUGUAUUACAAUCUGAGACUCAGACACCCAACACUAGACAUGCCACUUAUAGAUUAUGAUCUUGCUCUGCUUUUCCAACCUAUGUUAAUGCUAGGAAUUAGCAUUGGUGUUGCAUUUAAUGUCAUGUUUGCUGAUUGGAUGGUUACUGUUUUGCUUAUCAUUCUAUUCAUAGGUACGUCCACAAAAGCUUUAAUCAAAGGCAUCAAUACAUGGAAACAAGAAACAAUCAUGAAGAAGGAAGCUGCAAAGAUGUUGGAAUCAGGUUCUACUCCUGAUUAUGCUUUUUCAGAUGCGUCUGAAGAAGACUACACGGCACUACCAGCUGAUCUACAAGAUGAAGAGGUUCCUUUACUAGACAACAUUUAUUGGAAAGAAUUAUCAGUCCUUGUGUAUGUUUGGGUGGCUUUUCUCAUUGUUCAGAUUAUUAAGACAUAUAGCAAAACUUGUUCCAUAGAGUACUGGGUUCUUAACUCUUUGCAGGUGCCCAUUGCAAUUUCUGUUACACUUUAUGAAGCCAUAUGCUUAAGCAAAGGAACUAGAGUGAUUGCAUCAAAGGGAAAGGAAGUCACACAUUGGAAGUUUCAUAAGAUUUGUCUUUAUUGUUUCUGUGGAAUCAUUGCUGGUAUGGUUAGUGGAUUGCUUGGUCUAGGAGGUGGUUUUAUUUUGGGACCAUUGUUUUUGGAACUUGGGAUUCCCCCACAGGUAGCUAGUGCUACAUCAACAUUUGCUAUGGUUUUCUCUUCUUCCAUGUCAGUGGUUCAAUAUUAUCUUCUAGAUAGCUUUCCGGUACCCUAUGCUUCAUACUUAGUUUUGGUUGCGACCAUAGCUGCAUUAACGGGUCAAUAUGUGGUGAGAAAGAUAAUUGCUAUCUUUGGUAGAGCAUCUAUCAUCGUCUUCAUAUUAGCAUUCACAAUUUUUCUGAGCGCAAUCGGUUUAGGUGGGGUGGGAAUAGGAAACAUGGUUGAGAAGAUGGAAAAUGAAGAUUAUAUGGGAUUUUACAAUAUUUGCCACAAAUCUUAG